UAAUUUAACCUAUUAAGGAACUAACAUAAAACAGAACUCCAAACCCCCUAAUUAACUCCCAUGUUUUAAGGGCAGUUACUGCAAAAAUAUAACGGUUGACGUUUUUCUCUGACCACCGUCCCUUCCCUUUACACGUCUCCUAGAGGCAUUGGCAUGACCGAAAAACAACCCGGACAGUUUUGGAGAGAGAAAUCUCUUCUCCAUUCUCUGUUCUCUCUGUUUCUUCCAUAGCCAAAUUUCCAAAUCCCCCAAAUCUUACUUCAAACACAAAGUUUUAAUUGAUAAUCCAAAUACUGUGGAGCCAGCAGACAUCAUCUUCGUUAUAUUCAUUAUAAUAAUUUUUCUUUUUUCACUUUGAUCUAAGGUGCAGGAAAACAUUUUCUCUCCUUUCCUGUAUCCUCUGUUUUCCUGCACUGUGUUUUUUGUUUGCAUCAUUUUAGAUAUGAGCUGCAAUGCCCAUAUAUUUUUCUCCCGUGUUUUCUUCUUCUUUUUCUUCCUCUUUAUCACCUUAAAUACAAUUCAAGUUUCUUGCAAAGGCUCUAUAUUAGAAUCCGAGUCUCAUGUCCUGGCGUGUGGUGCUACCUCCGAUGGCACCGACAGUGAUGGCAGAAAAUGGCUACCUGAUACAAAAUAUAUGAAUUCUUCUAGUAAUUCAAUAACGGCAACAGCCGAUAAUCAAGACCCUUCAUUGCCAUCAACAGUUCCAUACAUGACCGCACGAAUAUUCACAUCUCCAACUACAUAUAAGUUCUCUGUUCCUGCAAAGAGACGGGUUUGGGUCAGGCUCCAUUUUUAUCCAGCAACAUAUAGCUCUCUGGAACCCAACAGUUCCUAUUUCUCUGUUUCAGCAAAUAAAUUUCAACUUCUCAAGAAUUUCAGUGCCUCAAUUACCUGUAAGGCUCUUACGAUGGCUUAUGUCAUUAGAGAAUUCUCUAUAUCCCCAAUUGAAACAGGGACUCUUGAUCUCACCUUCACACCCUCUAAAGAUUAUGAUGAUACUUACGCUUUUGUCAAUGGCAUUGAAGUAAUUCCGAUGCCAAACAUGUUCACUUCGGGGGACCUUAUUGGUUUUGACGAUCAAAGUCUUGAAAUUAGUGCCAAUUCUUUGCAAACAAUGUAUAGGCUCAAUGUGGGUGGUCAGUACAUUCCUGCAACAAAUGAUUCAGGCCUUACAAGAAUAUGGUAUGACGAUACGCCUUAUUUGUACGGAGCUGCUGUUGGUGUAACAGGACAAGCUAAUUUUACCCUCAAGUACCCUACCAAAGAAGUACCGAAAACUAUUGCCCCUUUAAGUGUUUAUAGCACAGCAAGAACAAUGGGAGUAGAUAACAGAGUAAAUAGUCAGUAUAAUCUUACAUGGAUACUUAGUAUUGAUGCAAAUUUUACUUACCUUGUAAGACUCCAUUUCUGUGAGUUAGUCUAUACUAGGGUUAAUCAAAGAACCUUCAAUAUCUUCAUCAACAAUCAAACAGCACAGGAAGGUGCAGACGUGAUCGGCUGGGCAGGGGCUAAAGCAACACCAUUUUAUAAGGAUUUUGCAAUUGCUGUACCUGAUAAGGCUGGUGAUGAUCAAAUAUGGGUAGCAUUGCAUCCUGCUGUAGAAAUGAAGCCAGAAUACUAUGACGCUAUAUUGAAUGGAUUAGAGGUUUUUAAGGUUAGUGACGCUACAGGGAAUUUGGCCGGUCCUAAUCCAGUGCCAUCAGAUAUGUUGCUUGAGGCAGAGGCCAAGGAAGCAAAGGAAUUUUCUUCAAAGGGACUUGAUGGUCCGAUUAUUGGCGGUAUUGCUGGCGGGGCUGCUGGAUUGACAAUAGCUUUUAUAAUCUCUGUUUUUGCGUUUAAGAAGAAGAGGGGUCUUAGUGGAAGUCAAUCUGGAAGUCAUAAUUGGUUGCCACUUUAUGGAAAUUCUCACACGUCAGGAAGCAAAUCUACAUUGUCAGGCAAAAGCAGUGCAAGUAGCCACCUUUCUUCUCUUGCACAAGGCCUUUGUCGCCAUUUUUCAUUGCCGGAGAUCAAACAUGCUACAAAGAACUUUAAUGAGAGAAAUGUAAUUGGAAUUGGAGGAUUUGGGAAGGUUUAUAAAGGAGUUAUUGAUCAAGGAACAAAAGUUGCUAUUAAAAGAUCAAACCCUUCUUCAGAACAAGGAGUUAAUGAGUUCCAAACAGAAAUCGAAAUGCUUUCUAAGCUCAGACACAAGCAUUUAGUGUCCUUAAUUGGAUUUUGCGAAGAAGAUGGAGAAAUGGCUUUGGUUUAUGAUUACAUGGCAAAUGGUACUCUUAGAGAACACAUUUACAAAGGGACAAAGCCUACUAAUACACUGUCCUGGAAACAAAGAUUGGAGAUUUGCAUUGGAGCUGCAAGAGGACUUCACUAUCUCCAUACUGGUGCGAAGUACACAAUUAUUCAUAGAGAUGUCAAGACAACAAACAUUCUCCUGGAUGACAAGUGGGUAGCAAAAGUUUCCGAUUUCGGGCUGUCCAAAACAGGUCCUAAUCUUAAUGAAAACCAUGUUAGUACUGUGGUAAAAGGUAGCUUUGGGUACUUGGAUCCUGAAUACUUCAAAAGGCAACAAUUGACAGAAAAAUCUGAUGUCUACUCUUUUGGAGUAGUUCUGUUUGAAGCAUUAUGUGCUAGGCCAGCUCUUAAUCCUACCUUGCCUAAAGAACAAGUUAGUCUUGCAGAUUGGGCUCUACAUUGCCAAAAGAAGGGAAUUAUUGAGGAUAUUGUUGAUCCACAUAUUAAGUCUGAAAUAUUACCAGAAUGCCUAAAGAAAUUCGCAGAGACGGCAGAGAAAUGUUUAUCUGAUCAUGGAAUCUAUCGUCCUUCAAUGGGUGAUGUGUUGUGGAAUCUUGAAUUUUGUUUACAAUUGCAAGAUAAUCCUGCUGGGGCUAAAUUGGUUUCAGAAAUGAAAUCAAGUGAUACUUACGCAAUGGACAGAGGGAUGCUUAGCAUCGAAGAGGAGAGUUCUGUAAGUGAAGAUAGCAACACUGAAAUUUUUUCACAGAUAGUGCAUCCAAGAGGAAGAUAAGAGGAAAAUCAAAUUUGUAUUGUGCUACUUGCAUUGUCUUGUGACUUCUUUAUUGCUCCAAUUUCAAUUUCUUCCUUUUGCAGAGUUAUACAUAGUUAGACUGUUAAUAUUGGAAAAUUUUAUGUAACUUCUACAUUUCUAUGUUCUUACUUCUGCUAUUUAAUCCCCCUCUAAGCUUCUUGUAA